UACUCGCACCGCACACAGGACGAGCGCAUACAUCGACAUCAAUCCAGUCAAUCGUCUGCAUUAUUACUUUGCACUCUUUGGUUAUUGCACUAGGCACCGUCUGGAUAUCGGCCAGGCGUCUACGUUGCCCUAAAUGAACAUGGCGGACACCUUCAAGGAUGUCCCUGAAUUCUUCGAGGUGGAGCUCGGCGAAUCGCUUCUGUCGAGAACGGAGUCUCUGCAAUCGUUUCGUGAACUUGGGCCGCCAGAUCUGUGUCAUGUUGUGAAAAGCACCGGGAGGAACGGCCAAAAGGAUUCUGGCUCAUAUCAUUACGUAUCUGGGGUCGAUUCAUCAUCGUCGGCAUCAUUGGCUGCGUAUCUCAACUCUCUAAUAUACUCGCUUGAAGAACAAGGCAGUUGGUUUGGGGCGAAAACACCUUGGAAGCUACGGAGCGGUACCUACUGCUGCUUUAACGCCUUUUCGCGUGUGGAUGCUCGUGUCGACGUCAAAAUCCCGGGCGGCGUAUCGGCAUACAUCAUCGAUCUUCAUGGCGACCGGCAUGAAGCGACCCCUGAGCUUUGGCAGGAGACCUACCUCUCUGCGGUGCUACGUUCAGUGCUGUAUGCAGAGGAUCAGAGCUAUAGGCUAGCAGGUUACCGAAAGCUCGACCCAAUCACGACGACCGAGAGCGAGUUAAGGUUCCUUCAAGCUGCAGAGGCCCUUUUCUUCCGCGGCUGGCAGCUCGGGUCCGACCCGGAGAUCCAGGUCGCUUCACCUGUAUCUAACCAUCUUGUAUCCGGUCUAUUAAAAUACUUUGGAGACAGCGGGCGCUGGCAGCCCCUGGCAAACCUAUUCGAGAAGCUGUUUGCACGCGAGCCUGAGGUCGCUUCCCUCCUUGCGAAGUCGUAUAUUGGCAUGAACGAGGAAGUGCGCGCUAUCCGAAUCGCUGCUGCCGCGCUCGAGUCGAACCCUAAAAGCUGGAUGACGCUGCACGUGCAAGUGGAUUUCCUCGUCAGCAAAGGAAAGAUGGAUUGGGCGGUCAAACUCGCGAAGCAGGCUGUCAAUGCUGCGCCGAGCGAAUUCGUCACGUGGGCGAAGCUUGCAGAGGUGUACAGCGAGAUGGGACAGUUUGAAUCAGCACUGUUGACCCUGAACUCCUGCCCGAUGUUCACGUACAACGAGCGAGAUCACCAUCGUAUGCCCACACCAGCGCGCACGCACCUCCCCGUCAAGCACUUCAUCACCGAGUCGGGUAUCCUCGACUCAGCAGAUAGUGAAAACAAUACUGGCACCGACGCCGACCCUGCUCUUCUCCGCCUUCCCGCACCAGGCCUCCGUGGUACCUUUGCGAAAGCGUACUCCGUUUUGGCAAAGCUGGUGGGGCAGAUAGGCUGGGAUGAACUCCUCAAGACUCGAAGCGGCGUAUUCGUCAUGGAGGAGGAGUAUCGGAACGUCAAGGCGAUGGGAGAUAGUGAGGAGCACGCGGGUGCUGAGGCAGAGGACGAAGAUGAGGAAGGUGAAGAGGAAGGCGCAGAUGAUAACGCAAGCACCACUGCUUUGAAGAGCAAGCAGGAGGUGGGCCCGAACGGAGAGAAGCUUAGCCCUCAGGAGCCACCGCCCGAAAGUGACGAGGUUCCUACGAAGGAAGGCGAUCAGGCAGGAAACGGCGACAUCCCAACCAUCAAGAUCCACGCUGCCGAAUCUGAAGCCGAGGCAACCAAAGCGAAUGGCGCACCCAACGGCAGCGGACCUGAGAAGCCCAAAGCGACCGCCGAACACCAGAAGAAAGAGAAAGGCAAAAGGAAGAGCGUACAUGGUGGGGAGGUGGCUAAGGGCUUCUCGUUUACCAAUAAGAGGUUGUGCGAGAGAUGGUUGGACAACUUGUUUAUGGUGUUAUAUGAGGAUCUUCGGAUCUGGACCAUCUUCCGUGCCGAAGUAGCGCAUUUCAAAACGCAGCACGUUGCCUACCGCAAGACCGGCACUGAGUGGGAGAUUCUUGGCGAUCUCGGGCUCCGUCUGCACCAUAAAGAAGAAGCCAAAGAGGCGUAUCAGCGUUGUCUUGACGCCAAGUUCUCCGCACGGGCAUGGAGCAAGCUCCUGGAGAUGUACGCGGAGGAAGGCGAACUGCAGAAAAGCUUAAAUGCGGCCAUCCGCUUGAGCGCCUUCCAGCAAAGGUGGUAUAUGGAAAUGACUUAUCCCACAGAUGUCGCUCGAUACCUCUAUAAGGUGGCAUCACAAUACGGCAUGGCCAAGCUGGCAAACACAAUUAUCAGCAUGGGUCUGCCGGAAGGUAUCUUCGGCAUCAUGCAAGGUUACCUGCAGUAUGGCGACGUCUUCCGCGUUGAGGGCUAUGACUGGUAGCCGUUAUAAAUAUUGUCUCUUUAUUUACUUUGGGCGUGAAGGCUUCUUACCGUAAA